AAUCCUUUCACUAUUUUUCGUGCUCGUAUACUUGUCAAGAGACGUUGACGUUUUUUAUAUUCUAUAUAUAAUUUUUUUUGAACCAGAAACAAUAAAAUAUAAAUAAAUCAAAAUGUUUGGAGGCGAUAUGGUACUACCAAAAUGCCGCGGGAAACUCAGGAAGUUUCCCGUACCAGCAGAUAUAAAUUUCCCAGCUAUUCAGCCUGCCAGAUAUGCCCAUAUUGGAAGAGAGCCUAACACUGAUCAGCAUGUUCGAAUGCAUCACUACAAGCAACGCAAAGACUCCUUUGACAAUCUGAAAGUGGAACGGGAAAAAUCUAAUGCUGCGAGCAAUGCUUUCGCUAUAAAAUACGAGAAGCAUGUUCAAAUGAAGCGUCUGCAGCGAGCCAUAAACGAUAGGGUUAAUGAAAAAAUGAAAGCUUACGAGGAGACAGUAGAAGAAAGAAGGAAAAAGUUACAAGACUUGCUGUGUAAAGAGGAAAGACAGUACUACUACGAGACUGUGGACAGUGCUCAGAAAGGCUCAGAUCUGAAAAUGGAGGAGAAGAAACAAAGAGCUGAGAUGUUGAAAGCAAAAAGAGAAGCCGAGAGACUGGAGAUUGUGCAUCAGAAGAGGAUAGAACAAUAUAGACAACGUUGUCAAGAACUGAGACCACACUUGGCGAAGAAGAACUUGAUGGAGUCGAAAUAUUCUCAGCUGCAGCAAAUGAGGGAGAAUGAAGCUAGAAGAGAAUCUGACAGGGAGCUGGAUCAGAUGUGGCACGAGCUGACCAUGAAAGAAAUAGAAGCCAAGAAAGAGCGAGAAGUUCAAGAAAUGCUCAAGAGACGAGAGAAAGAAACAGAUUUGCUUCAUGUUUGGGACAGUCAAGUUAAACAGAAAGAAAUGAAGAGGAUUGAAAUGAACCAGGCGGCUGUUGAGGAAAGAAUGGAAAUGGAGAAAGUUAGUGAACAACUAAGAAGAGAAGAAAUCGAAGUACUGGAUGCAAAACGUCGCAAAAGAGAUGCAGCAGAACAGCUGCACGCGCAAAGAAAAAAAGAAGAAGAUGCUGUGGACCGAUCGUUCAACACUUUAGCUCAGCUUGAACUGGAAAGGGAAAAGGCUGCCAUCCAAGACACUACAGCCCAAGCCAAGAGAGAAACAGCUUUAUACAGAAAGCACUUGAAACAACUGGAAGAAGAACGAAAACUCGAAGAGAAAAAGUUGAUGGAAUUGUUGGACAUCCACAGGAAACAGGUUGAAGCCAAGCAGGCCGAAGCUAGGUGCAAAGUUGUCGAAGCGAAACGCAAACUUCAACAGGACGUGUUGAUGGAAAGAGCUGAGCAACUGAAGUACAAAAAACAAGAAGCUGAAGAGCAGCUGAAGCAUAAGGAAGCUGAAAAUGAGCUGUUAAAGAUGGCGUACGAGACCAACGAAAGAUUGCAAGCUGAAAGUGAUAGAUUAGAAAAAAUGGCAACUAUGCAAUACAGAGCUGACUUGAACAGACAAAUCGAAUACAACAAUGUAUUAAGAUUAAGAGAGAAAGAAGAACUGGAACGUCAGCUGGCUGAAGGACAAAGGGAAGAAGAAAAAUACAGAAAAAUAGUCCAGGAUAUCCUCAUGGGAGAGAUAGAGGCUGGUGUAAAGCAUCCCUUCAGAAGGGCCAUGGAACAAACCGAUUGUUAUUGCCCUAAAAUUUAAUAUUCUGAAUAAACGUUUCAGGGAAAUA